UGAAGCAUUACACUUUCUUGCCAACUCCCUAACGAUGUGGUUUAUGUGCUUUGUGUCGCUUUCGGCUGUUUGUGCUCAAACAGUGUUAGGGAUAAAUAUUUUUGUGUCCGAUAUUAUAUUAUCGGAAAAGGUUCCUGUAAAUGGCAAGGAUAUCGCUUCCGUUCCCAGUGUGACUGAUGAUAGAAUUGUGAAUGGACAGGAAGCUGACAUAAAGGAUUACCCUUACCAAGUUUCGUUUAUUGUGAAUAACUCCUACUUUUGUGGAGGUUUCAUAGUCAGCGAAAAUUAUAUUAUGACAGCUGCACACUGUGCACAAAACGUGGAUCCAAAAACAGUAGUCCUACGAGCCGGAAGUUCAUACCGAAAGAACGGCACCGUUAUAGAAAUAGCAGAAGUCACUCCUUUCCCAGAAUAUGACGAUCCACCCUUUGACAAAGAUGUGGCAUUUAUGAAAACGGCAAAACCUAUUGAAUUCAGCGAAACAAUGCAGCCUGUUGCUCUACCUCCUAGAAAUAGGGCGGUGCGUGGUAAUUCGGAAAUAGUUGUCAGUGGUUGGGGAAGGACAAGGCAAGGCGCAUCAUCUAUCCCAGAUCGUCUUAUGUCCGUGAAAUUGCCUGUAGUGAACUAUUAUCAAUGUUUCCUUGUAUACCCUACAGUACUCACUACGAAUAUGUUCUGUGCCGGAAACUUUUUCUUGGGAGGAGAAAGUACUUGCCAGGGUGAUUCAGGUGGUGCUGCUAUUCAAGAUGGCAUGGCUGUUGGCAUCGUGUCCUUUGGCCGAGGCUGUGGACAGGCGCUUUCACCAUCAGCGUUCGCUAAUAUUGCCUCGCCUUUACUGAGAGACUGGAUAACUGAAAAUACUGGAUUAUAAACGCAAUUAUUAUAAUGAAAAAUAAUUCUUAGAUUGAAGUAUUUGUACGUUCGCCUUAAUUUAUUUUAUUAAUUUCCUCUUUAGCGAUAUUAGGUAACUUAUAUAUUAUCUUUAUAUUAUUGAUUUACAUAUACCUUUUGAGUGACUCUCCCAAUAGAAUAUAGUCAUUUUUGUAUGUUUUAACCUUUGUUUUUAUCUAUUUGCUAGAUUAUAUGCCAAAUAAAAAAUAAACUAUUUAUGGACGUUUCAAUUUAUCGUA